UGAAUAUUUAUAAGCACAGCGUUGCACUUCGAUGCUAAUCUAGUAGGGUUACAGAUGGUUAAGAUCUUGCAAAUAUCUAUCAAAUCCUUCAAUUGUUUCGUCAUUAGUCCGCCAAGUCCACGGUUCAUUAAUUCCUAGCGGAAAAUUUUCUAUUUCACGCUCUGGUGUCACAAAACGUCGAUUCUGUUUGAUAAGCCGAGUGCAUUUGAGCUUGUUUUCAAAACACUCUGAGUCUUGGUAGCGUCAAUAAGGUCAAAACCAGUGAAUUGAGCAAACGUCUAUCGAGAACCGACUUAAUUGUACUGAAUUACCAAGAGCUUUGCCUGCGAAAAAGACGUGAAAAAGAGACAAGCCCUUUUAAUUGACUUUCUCACAAUUUGUUACACUGCCAACCGAAAAGCGAGGCGGUGUCUAGGAAACACACAUCUCUUGGGAGGAAACUUAUCCUGAAUAAUUUAGACUUCAGCGUUCUUCUCACGCAUAUGCGGUACCUUUGAUUGGCUGAUAAACAUGUCAUGGCCAGCGGUAGCACGGAGCGAGUUCAGCCUCCGGUGGGCGUCAGUCUGUAUUGUCCUGCGUGUAGUAACGUGAUCAAGGACCCAAGAAUCCUCCCAUGCCUCCACUCCAUUUGCAAGACGUGCCUAGAAAAGCAGCUAAAUGGCUGCCUGAAAUGCCCGGUGUGUAGUGAGCACGCAGUUAACAUAAAGUCCCCGCGAGACGUGGAAGAUCUCCCUUGUGACAGUCUUCUGAACAGCGUUCUGGAUAUGGUGGCUCUACACGGCGGAAAGCAGAUCAUGUGUGACAUUUGCGACGACAGUGAGCAAUCCACAGCGGUCUCUCGCUGCAAGCAAUGCGCAACCUACUUCUGCUCCUUGCAUGGCCAUGCGCACAAGACAUCGAAGUACUCUAAGGGCCAUACCCUGAUGUACCUGGACGAGCUACGGAAGCACUCUCUAAAGGACCUGCGGCGUCCAUUAUACUGCUCAGUGCACCCAUCAGAGCUACUGGCCGUAUUUUGCGAAAGCUGCGAUAAGGCUGUAUGCAAGGACUGUUGUGCGCUGGACGAACAAAUAGGGCACGCGCAUGUGCGGCUAGACGUAGCCAUCGACAAGUGCAACAAACAGAUAGAAAGUCUGCUACAGCAGGCUAAGGAGUUCUGCAAGGCGAUCGAAGAGACAAUUCCAACUUUAGAUACUGUGGUAGCUGAGGUUAACAAAAGGACGAAAAAUGUUUUGAGUGAAAUUGAAGUGAUAUUUGAGUACCAGGUGACGACACUUUGGCAGCGUAAAAAAGAGCUUCGUGAUCAAGUAUUGGGUAUCAAGAAAUCGAGAUCUUUAGCGCUCAAAGAGCAGCAACAACGCUUGCAAAAGUCGCUGCAGUUAUUACGGCAUGCGUGUAAAUUUACGGAGAUUAACGUAACAACGAGUGCGAAUCACAAAGACGGCACCACGCUUAACUUAAAGAAGCUACUGACCUCGCGAUUGACUGAAUUAAUGGAUCAAGAAUCGAGCUAUUUGCUGCCCGUGGAAAGCUCGUUUCUCAGGCUUCGCUGUGACGAUGCGCUAUUACACAAAGCCAUAGAGACAUUUGGGAAACUUGACAUGAGUACCGCAUGUCCUAAGCAGUGCACCGCGCGCGGACUGGGCCUGAAGGCCGCCCCUGUCACGCAACCCACGCGGUUUGUGGUAAUUUUGAAUGACUGUCACGGGCAGCCCCUUGGUCGAUCAGAAGGGGAACUUGAGGUGGAUAUCGUAACGGAUGAUAACAGAAGGGUAAAUGUGGAUGUCAUUGUGGACAGACGGGACGGGACGUAUGAGGUAUUGUACACGCCCAUGCAGAGAGGUACGGUGUCUAUAAAUGUGCGGGUCAUGGGUGAGGCCAUUGGGGGGUGCCCUUUUGUGGUGCCUGUUGUCGGGAGUCUGCGCAAGUCCUGGAUAUGACGUAAAUCCUGAGUGUGUCAUAAAUCCUAGGUAUGACGUGAGUCCUGAAUAUGACGCAAGUCCUGCAUAUCACGUAAGACUUGGGUAUGACGGAAGCCCUGAAUGUGUCGUAAGACCUGGAUAUGACGUCCCAAAUAUAGAGUCAUCUGAAAUCAAAGCAAGUCCUAAGAUAUGAAGUCGUUAAAUGACGUAGGUCUUGAAUAUAAGGUUAGUCCACUGUUUAUGACGCCUGGAAAUGACUGUGUCGAGGAAACAGCUCGAAUGAAUGUAAUGACAGUUUCUUCGCAGCAGUCUACGCUUUUAAUAUGCCGUGUGCAUAAACAAAAGGAAGAUAUAUUAAGGAUAAAAAUUCAUAUUAUUUGUAUGCUGCAGAGUAUGUAUAGCAUUGUAAUAUAGAUUUAGGCAUUGCCUAAAAGCGGAGCUCCAAACGACCAAA